CUCGCUUCUCAACUUGGGUGACCAAAGAUUAGCCCAUUCAAUUGACAUAUGUCGAUGUUUCGUCCUGGACCCAAUUAGAUUCCGCAAUGGGCGCCGUUUCCAAGCCGCCGAAAGGCCAUUUCAACAUCCUCUACUUCGCAAGUGCAAGUUCUUUCACCUCGAGAGAAUUCGAUACAUUACCUGCACCACUUUCUCUACAGAAAUUGUUCGAUGUGUUAGAAGAGAAAUAUAGUGGUAUCAAAGACAACGUUCUCAGUUCGUGCUUGGUGACAGUCAAUCUUAAUUACGUCGACAUCCCUGAGUCUGGAGAUGAAUUUGCCGAAACUCUGAUCAAGGAGGGUGACGAGGUCGCUAUUAUUCCCCCAGUCAGCUCUGGCUGAGAAAUGCAAGUGAAGAUCAAAUUCGAUAUCAGAUCAUUAUCCAUAGACUUUGUUUCCCUGUGGCCCAGCUAUACCUACAUACUUAAGACGGUAGUAAUGGCUCCUGCUCGCGACUUGAUUCCCGAGCUUCCGUACUGGUUUGAUCUCCAAUCCUCACGCGAAGCCACU